AGCUCCGGCGGAGGUUUAGAGGCGCAGCGGAGCUGGUCCUCUGAAACGCUUGGCAGGCCCGGAACUUAAAAGAGUUCAUGCCUUGCACUUUCCUUUAUUCUUUGCUUUCCACUGUGUUCUGAUUUGGUAUAAGCAACAUUAUAGCCACUAAUACCACUGAUCAGGAGAGAAAUGAUGAUGAUUGGAGUUGGAAAUAAUCAUCUUUAAAAAAUGAGAAAAGUGGGAGCUUUUUCAAAGUAUACUGCAUGAUAAAUACAUGAACUUGAAUGGAUUUAGAGGUUAAAGGAGUUGCUGCUUCUCCUGUAAGUCAAACUCAACCAUGUUCUGGAAGAAAGAACCCACUACAACAAGGAUGGACCUCCAAAUCAUGGGCAAUGGAGAAUCCUUGCCUACCUGUGGUUCCACGACUUGAUUUGGGAAGCCUUGUUGACUCUGAUGAAGAGGAGCAGGACAUACUACCUGAGGAUUUGCCAGCGCCAACAGGAAAAUAUAAACUAAAAAAUCAGCAAUAUAAAACUGAAAUGAAAGAGGAAUAUAAGCAGUAUAGUAAGAGAAAUGCAGAAAAGACUAAGUCAAACAUCGCACAUCAACAGAAUGUAAAAAACAAAAUAGAUGGCAAGUGUAUACAAGAUGCAGAAGCCAUUGUGGAUGAUCUUACAACUCUGGACAGGAAAGCCCUCCUACAGCACGGUUAUGCAGACAACCCUUAUACUGCACAACGGACUACAAGAAAAUCUGACGCCGAAGUUGUGGCUGCAGAGAAGAAGAAACAGACUGUUGCAGAGCAAGUGAUGCUAGACCACUUAUCCAGGGCUGUAAUCAGUGAUCCAGAGCAAAAUUUAACCACUGAGAAACAAGAAAUUGCUCAUAUCCUUCCAGAUUCAAAGAUGGCACCUAUUCGAUUUAGGAAAAGAACACUACAUGAAACAAAAAUAAGAACCCAGUCUACCUUAACUGAAAAUAUGCUUUCUCAUAAAGUACAAUUUGAUGGUAGAAUCAUAUCAAGAAAUGGACAUGAUGCCUGCAGAGAGCUGGUUGGGUUCUUUUUCACUCAUGACCAGUCCCUUACAAUUUAUGAGUAUCGGCAAUUUGGGAAAAAUAGAACAAAUGUGCUUCCUUUUAUUCAGAAGAGCAUUUAUUGUCAUCAGCAUGGACGAAGAAAAGGAAAACAAUACCAACUUGGUGAUUUUUAUAUUGGUGCUAACUUGACAUUUUUGAGUUCUGAACAUCCCAGGCUUCCAGAAAGCAUAAAAGAAAACACAGUGCUUACACUUCGAAUCACGAAUAUUGAUCGGGGAGCUUCAGAUUCUCUCAAACAUGUCAAUUGCAGAACUGAUUCUGUGGAACAUGAUGAUAUAAACAAUCAAGAAGCCAAUGAUAGGCUGGUUUUCAAGGCCAUUCAAGCAGAUGUGCUAAAAGAACAGCUACGGAAAAGAGGUGUUCGUAUUUUGACCGGUUUGGGAAAAUACCUUCAACAAUUGGACAAGAAAAGAAAUGGGCUUUUAGAGAAGGCAGAUUUUAAGCAAGCUCUGGAAGUAUUUCACUUAGAAGUGUCUGAAAACGAUUUUGAGUGUUUGUGGCUAAUUCUAAAUGGUAAUGGUGAUGGCAAGGUUGAUUAUGGAGAAUUCAAACGUGCUGUUGUUGGUGAAAUGAAUGAAUACAGGAAAUCAUUUGUUCGAAAGGCCUUUAUGAAAUUGGAUUUUAACAAAACAGGUACUGUGUCUAUUACAGACAUAAGAAAAUGUUAUUGUGCAAAGGAGCAUCCUCAAGUAAUUUCAGGACAUUCCACAGAGGAAGAAAUCAAAUCAUCUUUUCUAGAAACAUUAAAAGAUGCCUGCAUCAAGUCCGAUGAAGUGUCAUAUGGUGAAUUUGAAGAUUACUAUGAAGGUCUAAGUAUAGGGAUAAUAGAUGAUGAAGAUUUUGUUAACAUCUUACGUACCCCAUGGGGGAUUUAGUUUUUUAAAAUGAGUAUAUCAUCAGAACUAAGCAUUGUAAAGGAGAGAUGAAUUGAAUGUAAAGUCUAGAAUAUACUAUUCUAGAGUU